AUGAAGUUCUCCCUCGUCGCCAUUGCCUUCGCCGCCGCCGUCAGCGCCCAGAGCCGCUCCGACAUCCCUGAGUGCGCCAUCGGCUGCCUCGACGACGUUAUCAAGUCCAAGACCAGCUGCUCCGUCGACGACUUUAACUGCGUCUGCAAGAACUUCGAGGCGCUCCAGGGCGACGCCACUCCUUGUGUCCUCGAGAAGUGUGGUGCCGAGACUGCCCUCAACCAGGUCCUGCCCGCCGUCCAAAAGCUCUGUGCCGCCGUCAGCGCUUCCCCCAGCAGCUCCGCCGCCGCUGCCACCUCCUCGGGAUCUGCCUCUGCCUCAGCCUCAGCCUCGGCCUCGUCCUCAGCCUCCUCUGGAUCGUCUUCUGCCUCCAAGUCUGCCGCCACCACUCCCGCCUCUUCCACCGGAACCACCAAGCCAACCUCCAACCCCAGCCCCACCGUCACCUCAUCCACCAGCACCGUCCCCACUGGUGCUGCCGGUCAGCUCGCUCCUCUCGGUGCUCUGGCCAUCGGUGCCCUCGCCUUUGCCCUCUAA